AGUCCCUAUCUCUGCUUUCAUUUGAUUUUAACUUUGCAUGAUUAUGGCACUUGGUAAGAUAUGAAAUCUUCGUAGACCAGACAAGGCCCUUUUUUGGUUCAGACAUGACAAUGCUGAUCAGAUUCAUCUCCUCGACUAUGAUGCUUCAUCUUGUUCUUAUGGUUUCAGUUCUUGGACAGAGACAAACAGGCUUCAUCAGUAUUGAUUGCGGAGGUCCAGAGAAUUUUGAAUACACAGAUGAUAGCGAUCAAAUAAAGUACAGCACAGAUGGAGCCUACAUACAAGCAGGGGUUAACAAAAACAUAUCGUCAGAAUACUCAUAUCCAAACAAUCCCAAUCUACCAUUACCAAUGUCUGACCUCAGAAGUUUCCCCAAGGGAAAGAGGAACUGUUACACAUUAAGAGCUGGACAAAGAGGAAGCUUACGUUUGAUAAGGGCCUCUUUUUUGUAUGGGAACUACGAUGGAGAAAACAGGCUUCCAGAAUUUGAUCUCUAUGUUGGUGCCAAUUUCUGGUCCUCAGUAAGCUUCAAAAAUUUUUCAGAGCAAGUUACACUUGAAAUUAUCAGCAUGGCAGAAUCAGAGGUGACGAAUGUUUGUCUUGUGGACAGGGGACUGGGAACUCCUUUUAUCUCAGCGUUGGAACUAAGACCACUCAAUAGUUCGAUUUAUAAUACUGAGUUUGGUGCAUCAGCUUCACUGUUACUUUUCAAAAGAUGGGACCUUGGAGCAAUUAAUGGUAGCGGUAGAUAUGAAGAUGACAUAUAUGACAGAAUUUGGUCCCCAUAUGGCUCAUCUUCCUGGGAUUCUGUCAACACUUCCCAUGCUAUAAAUGGCAAUAACAAUGGCUAUAGAAUGCCAUCUGAAGUGAUGAGAACUUCUUCAAGACCCAAAAAUGUUAGUGCUCCUUUUGAAUUCUCUUGGACCCCAAAUGCUCCAAAUUCAAAAUUCUAUGUAUACUUGUAUUUUGCUGAGGUGAAGCAGCUUAAGAUUAACCAACUAAGGAAAUUCAGAAUAUCCUGGAAUGGACAUUCAUUGUUUGGACCCUUAGUCCCAAGCUACUUAGAUGCAACCACAAUAUCGAAUUUGAAACCCCUGAUGGGACAUGAACAUCGAAUUUCUCUUCAUAGAACUGAAGAUUCAACCCUUCCGCCCAUCCUUAACGCAGUUGAGAUAUUUGAAGUUAGAAUGAUGGAUGCAUUCCCAACACUUGAGAAGGAUGUAAAUGCUAUCGUGGAUAUCAAAGAUGCAUAUGGAAUUGAAAGAAACUGGGUGGGUGAUCCGUGUGAGCCAAAGAACCACACUUGGGAAGGCUUAACAUGUAAACAUAGCAAUUCACAUCCUCCACGAAUCGCAUCUCUGAAUCUGAGCUCAAGCAGCUUGGGUGGGGUGAUUUCUUCUGCCAUCUGCAACCUCUUAUCACUUGAAUCAUUGGAUUUAUCAAACAAUAGCUUAUCGGGGUCAAUUCCGAAGUUUCUGGCAGAGAUGAGAUCUCUCAAAAUUUUGAAUUUGAAAGGCAACCAACUAUCAGGUCUUGUCCCUACAGCUCUUCUUAAAAGAUCAAGGGCAGGAUUGCUUAAACUGAGUGUGGAUGCCCAGAAUCUUUGUGGCUCAGACAAGUGCGAGAAGAAGCUAAAUGUAUUUGUUCCCAUAGUUGCUACGAUAUCAUCACUUCUGGUUCUACUGAUUGUUUUCAUUAUCAUCUGGAAAGUUAGAAGAAAUGUGCAACCAGAUCAUACAAGUAAUUCCAACAAAGAAAGAACACUUGUGGCAUCAAAGAAGUGGCAAUAUAGUUUUGCAGAGGUAUUGGACAUCACCAACAACUUUGAAAUUGUCAUUGGGAAGGGGGGAUUUGGGACUGUGUACCGGGGUCAGAUGAAAGAUGGGAACCAAGUGGCAGUAAAAAAGCUUUCUCCAUUAUCAUCUCAAGGGCCAAGGGAAUUUCAGACUGAGGCUGAGCUCUUGAUGACAGUCCAUCACAAAAAUUUGGUAGCCUUCAUUGGUUAUUGCGAUGAUGGAAACAAAAUGGCACUCAUAUAUGAGUACAUGGGAAAUGGAAACCUCAAAAACUACCUUUCAGCAAGAAAUUCACGUUGCUUGACUUGGGGAAGGAGACUUCAGAUAGCAAUUGACGCUGCACAGGGAUUGGAGUAUUUACACCAUGGAUGCAAGCCACCUAUAAUACACAGAGAUGUGAAGACGGCCAAUAUUCUUCUAAGUGAGAAGUUGGAAGCUAAGAUAGCAGAUUUUGGCCUCUCCCACGUGUUUAAGAAUGACACUAGAGAUGUAGGAUCCUCAGUGAAUACAAACGAUCAAGGAAAUGCAGAACCUGCUGUUAUGGGUACCAAAGGGUACCUUGACCCAGAAUACUACAAAUCAAGGAAGUUGAAUGAGAAAAGUGAUGUCUAUAGCUUUGGAAUUGUUCUGUUGGAGCUAAUUACAGGUCAACCUGCUGUAUUAAAGGGAGAGGAAUCAGUUCACAUACUUGACUGGUUAAGAUCUGAGCUUCGAAGAGGAGAUUUGAGUAAAAUUGUAGAUCCAAAGCUACAUGGUAAAUACAAUGCAUGUUCUGUGUGGAAGGCUUUAGGAGCAGCAAUGGCAUGUACUGCGCCAGCCUCAAUUCAUAGACCUACAAUGAGUUUUGUGUUAUCUGAGCUAAAAAAGUGUCUGGAAACAGAGGUGCCUAGUCAGAGUGAAACAUAUAUGGUACCAGCGCAGAUCUAUAGCGAGUUGCAUAGUUUGUCUGAGACAUAUUCAUUGGAUGAUGAAUCUAUCACCUACCCUUUUCCAAGAUAGUGAAAAUAAGUGUGUGUGUGUGUGUAUUGAAAAAAAUAUUCAGAUGUACUUGGCGCAAGUGUACAAAUUCUUAUGAAAGCAUAAAGAUGGACAACUAUGGAUUGCGAACCACCCUUGAAAGUGCCAUAUUCCCAAGAGCUAAUCACACUCAUAUUAUGAACUCAAUCACGAGUCACUUGUAAUUGCAAGAUCUGUGUGG